AUUUUAAAGGGCCCGCCGCCGGGUGCGCCUCGCCGGCGCCGUCGGGGACCCGCGGCGCGGCCUGCGCGGGAGGGAUGGCCGGGCCCGGCGGUGAGGGGGCCGGGGGUCUUGGCGGAGCCGCCGCCGGCGAGUGAUGGCGCCUUGUGGUUCCCCCCCGGCAGGAGCGGGGCCCGGGAUGGCGGCCGGGGGCCCGGCGAGGGUGUCCCACAGCGUCUGCAUGGUGUCGGACUUCUUCUACCCCAACAUGGGGGGCGUGGAGAGCCACGUGUACCAGCUGUCGCAGUGCCUCAUCGAGCGAGGCCACAAGGUCCUGGUGGUCACCCACGCCUACGGCCGCCGGAAAGGCGUCCGCUACCUCACCAGCGGGCUGAAGGUCUACUACUUGCCCCUGAAGGUCAUGUACAACCAGUCGACGGCGACGACGCUCUUCCACAGCCUGCCCUUGCUCAGGGACAUCUUCGUGAGGGAGAGGGUCACCGUCGUCCACGCCCACAGCUCCUUCUCCGCCAUGGCCCACGACGCCCUCUUCCACGCCAAGACCAUGGGGCUGCGGACGGUGUUCACGGACCACUCCCUCUUCGGGUUCGCGGAUGUCAGCUCGGUGCUCACCAACAAACUGCUGACGGUGUCCCUGUGCGACACGAACCACAUCAUCUGCGUCUCCUACACGAGCAAGGAGAACACGGUGCUGCGAGCGGCCUUGGACCCGCGGAUCGUGUCCGUCAUCCCCAACGCUGUUGAUCCCACCGACUUCACCCCAGACCCGUCGAAGAGGGACGACGGUACAAUAACAAUCGUUGUUGUCAGCAGGCUCGUUUACAGAAAAGGUAUAGAUUUGCUUAGUGGUAUAAUUCCUGAGCUCUGUCAGAAAUAUCCAGAGUUACAUUUCUUGGUUGGAGGAGAAGGACCAAAACGAAUCGUACUGGAAGAAGUCCGGGAAAGAUACCAGCUACAUGACAGGGUACGUCUCCUAGGAGCCUUGGAACACCAGGAUGUUAGAAAUGUUCUAGUCCAGGGGCACAUUUUUCUCAACACUUCCCUCACUGAGGCCUUUUGUAUGGCGAUUGUGGAAGCAGCAAGCUGUGGUUUACAGGUGGUAAGUACAAAAGUUGGCGGGAUUCCUGAGGUGCUUCCAGAAAAUCUCAUUAUUUUAUGUGAACCUUCCGUGAAGUCUUUGUGUGAUGGAUUAGAAAAAGCUAUUGCCCAGCUCAGAUCAGGAACACUACCAUCUCCAGAAACUGUUCAUAAUAAAGUGAAGACAUUUUAUACAUGGAGGAACGUAGCAGAGAGAACUGAGAAAGUGUAUGACAGGGUGGCAAAUGAAGUGGUUUUACCAAUGGAUGAGCGACUUGACAGGCUGAUGUCUCACUGUGGCCCAGUGACUGGGUAUAUUUUUGCUCUUUUUGCUGUUCUGAACUUCCUUUUCUUGGCCUUUCUGAGGUGGAUGACUCCAGAUUCCAUUAUUGAUGUUGCAAUAGAUGCCACAGGACCUAAAGGUGCAUGGACUAAGCAGUGUUUUGGGGGGAAAAAAGGAGGAGUUAAAGAAGAACUUCCAAGCUCCUAAAAUGCUCAAAUGGAGAGGAGAGAACACGUCAGUCACUAAAGGUUUUAAUGCUUGCUGAUAGAGACAGUACUCUUAAAAUUCUUCAGUUUCUUUCUGAAGUUCUUGGAAAGAAACUUGGUUAAAUGUGCUACCUCAAUUUAGGAUGAUGUUUUAAUUUAGUUUUGGAUUCAUGCAGAUUUAUGGAGAUCUCUUUUGCACUUAAAGCUGGGAGGAGAACGUGGGUUUUUAUAUGUGUCAAAAGCCUUUGAGACAAAAAUACAAGAUUUUUCUCGACAACUUGAAUAUUACAGAAAGUGACUGUAAACUUUAGUGGUAUUUGGGAAAGCAGAACACAAAAAUUACUAGCUUACAGUAGUCCCUGCUAAUUCCUGAUAUUUACUGUGAUUAUUAUUUUGAGACCUGUUUAAAAAUACUUAAUUAAAAACCCAGCAAAACACACCUUUUCUCUUCUAAAAUGAAAAUGGCACUUGAAAUUAGUCAUGAAGUCCAUUACCAUGGAAGUUUCAGAGACUUAGUUCUAGCAGUUGUGUCCCAGUGACAGUGUUUUGCCUGCAUAGCGUUAUUAUUUUGAAGUUCUUCCCUAGUCAAAAUUGGAUCAUCCUGUUGCUAAGUCAAAACUCCAUAAUGAAUUUUUGGUAUUUUCAGAGGUGCUAAAUUUGUCCUGUUCACUUACAUGCGUGAAAGUGAUAUAAAGCUUAUAGCGGUUUUUUUUACAGUACUUAGGUGAAGAAAUUAUAUUAUUUAGAGAUAAUAUAGCCUUCAGAAACAGCUCAGGCCUGAAAACUCCUCCAGCAGACUAUGCCAAAGUGUGAAGUGACGUGUGUAUGCGCACAUGCGUGAGAGAGAGAAACCUGUGAAGGGCUUAGCAAGCACCAUUGUGCUUGCGUGCUCUGUCUCCCUUCUCUGCCCCGCGCCCCCCCCCACCUUAUUUUUCUUUUUUUUCUGCCUUCCCCUUAGUUAUGACCAAAAUGGCAUUUCAGUCCAUCUCUGGGAGGGACAGACAGUGUUUAGUAUGCAUGAUUUCACCUAGACCACAUCAGAGACACUGCAAGUGAAAUCUUGGGAAGGUAUCCUGUAAAUGGAAAUAACCAAUAGGUAUGCUUUUCAUGGAGAGGAAAAAAAAUAAAAAGUGGCUCCUUGCAUCUGUUAGUAGUCCUGAGUAAUGUAUACCUGGGCCAAAAGAGCACAACUUACCAAUGUGCGAGGAGGCAUUUAUCUCAUUAGUGUCACCCACCUCUAAACCCCGCCCCUGCCUAAUGCACUGGGUUAAUUUCUUUCUCAAGCAUCACUAAAGACUAAAAAUCUUAUGAUUUUAUGACUCUGAGUAUCAUGUAGUGUUGGACACUGUAUUAAUAUUAAAACUGUGCAAUAUGAAAAUACUGUUCCCAAACCCUUGAAGGGCAGUGUUUAAAACACAACUUCUGUCAAUAUCAUCUUGUUUGUGUACAGACAUAGUUACCCUAACAUCUGACAUUUUAUAAUUUCACUGAACAUAUUUUCAUGAAACACAGAAAGGUAAUGUGAAAUAAAUGCCAUAUACAAAGUCUAUUUUCUUUUACUAGAAUUUUUAGCCUUUGAUAUGUAAUGUACAAUAUGCAUUGUAUUGGAAUUUGAAUUUUUCAAACUCUACAUUAAAAGUGGAGGUCAGCUAAAAUGGUGCCACACAGAUUAUGGCUAAGUGGAUGGAAUUAAGGUAAUGUUUUACUUUUCAAAGUUACUUUUUCUUUUUUCCAAACACUCAAGUUUAUAACAGCUUUAAAAAAAUACUGAUUAUCAUUCCAGGGAAAAGUUUUAUAUAUAUUUUUUUAAUAAUAUUUUGUUGAUUCUCGUUUAUUUCUUUUUGGUUUCCUGCAACAUCUAGAAACACAAAUCAAAUUUUCAACAGGAUUGUAAGAAUUUAUUCAAAAUACUUCUCUUUUCUUUUGUGGAACAUGGUUUACUUAUGAAUAAUAUAAUAAAACCAUGUUAUAAUCUUGUUUACAAGACAAAUUUACAGUUUAUCUAAAACUUUAUUUACCUUUCCAUAAAGAAUGGAUAUUUUUCAUUAAUAUUUGGUGGUUGGACUUCUUAUGAGAAAGGUGAUUAUUAAAAACCAUUCUGUACAAGCUGCCACAAAAAUUUAAUCCAUAACUGGAUAACUACAAAUAUGCUGUUUCUCAAGUAAUGCAACUUGUAUUACGCAUAACUCUUUGCGGGACUGGUUCGCUUACUGGUCUUGUGCAGUGGAGUAAGGGCUGAUGUCACAGAAUCAUUUAGUUUUAAAAAGCAUCAGUGGGUGAAAUGGAAAAGUUUAAAUAAAAUAAUCACAAUAAUAAAAGAACAGACAUACGAGUAUAUUUAGAAAUGAAUAAAAUAACUAUUUAAAAAAAUCUAAAAUGUUUCAGUUGUGCUUGCAGGUAACAUUUGAUCAUUGUGAAAUACUAGGGAAAUGUUACCAAAGAGAGAGCGAUACUGAGUAAUGUCUUGCACAGAGCAGAGCCUCCGGUGUGGAGGAGGAGGGAACACUCCCACACUUUCUGUAUAGAAGGUCCCCCCUUUCAUAGGAGGGACUGUUCAUCUGCCAUGAAAUUCCAUCCCGCAGGCACAAGGAGCAAUUGUGUUUCCAAUACAUUAUAUGCAGACACUGUGAGUAAAGGUAUAGACGGCGUCUUGAUAACUGAAAAUUGUAUGUUAAACCAGAGCAAGUACCAAGUAAAGUAUGAAUGUAAGAUUCGUCUUUCAGAUUGUGUUUUCGUGGAUGUGGAUCGAUCUGUAAGAAGGUAAAUACACUGUAAUGUACUUAUUUUUGUGGUCAAGUUUUUCUGCAUCUUUUUAAAAUAAACUUAUUUUUUCUCCUUUUGAUA